UGACAGUUGACAGCGUCGGUUAUCUUCCCGCUUUGCGCGUUCAUUUUCGUUCUUUUCCUAAAAAAUGAAAAAAAAUGUUGCAAUAUACAAAGAGUUUUGUGGCGUUUAUUAAGUUAAUAUGAAAUAAGUUUGUGUACGAGGUGCGUUCGCGACGAUAUUAUUAAUUUUUAUUGAGAUCUUAAAUUAAUCGUCAUAAAUGGUCACACCGGCCACAAUGGGGGACAAAACAAAGCCCGAGGUCUAUCAUAGAACCUUGCUAAAGGCUCUAAACACAAAUGGGGAACUAAAAGAAUCUCUUAACCUGGACCUCUAUCAAUCCCAAUUCAAAUUGAUAGAGCAAAAUCUCCUCUCUGCAGUUAAAAGUGAUCGGGUAAGAGCUUUGCAAAUGUUACAAAUACUCAUCGACAACAGGGCUCACACUAUUAUGAGAGACGUAUUAACGAUUCUAAAAGACACUAGUAUAGAGGAAAACUUGAAGAGCGGCAUAUUGGAUAGUGUUAACCACUCAAUGUUCAGCACAGUUCGAGAAUUGUUGGUAAAUAAAGAUGUGAUAGAGUUGGCCUCCCUUUAUGCACUUUGGCAAAAUGAUCAAUCAGAAAUGUUCCUUAAUAUUAUAAAAUCCCUCUAUGCUUACCCAGGAAACAGGGAGCACAUGAAAACUAUUUUGUUCGACUUCCUAAUACCGAUCAUGUUAGACACCAAGAAUCAGGAAGACUCUAUGAAAGUUGUUUGUAUUGAUUUGGCUUUGGUAAUAUCCAAAGUAAUAACUAUUACCAUUAUGGAUAAUGAAGAAUAUAAGGUUUAUUUUGGAAAGAUUAAUGAGUAUGUUACUACAAUCGCUACUCUAAGAGAUAUUGGAUUUCCUCACUGGCAUAAACUGUGGAUGUUUUUAAUUAGAUUACUAGGAACAAAGCUGCAUCAUUCAAUGAGUUUAAUGAAUAAGCUACUUAGGAUAGUAGAGCAGUCUUUUAAGAGCCCUUGUGUGGAACAGAGAUUGAACAGUUAUGAGUGUUGGAAGGAACUAAUAGAUAAUGUAAGCCUGGACAAGAAUUACUUGUGUACAGAAAAACAGAUUAAACUCCUCCUGACCCCCCUAAAAGCAAAAUUCGCUUAUCAGACUGAAUUACUAGUGAAACGUUUCGAUCAUUUUAUUUAUUUGAUGGAGAAGUUGGAAGAGAAGGCUGUGUUAGUUGUAAAAGAAUUUUUAGAGUUUUGUUUCGGAGAGGUCGGGAAGCAGUUGGCAGCUCCUAAAGCUAAACAGGGUAAAACUGUGCCCGAGUUAUGGUUGAAGAUUGUCCAGGCUUUGGUGGGUUUAAUGGGGCAUUCACACAAAGACAUUGACCACUGUUUGAACAUAGAACCACAAAUGCACAUAAAACCUGUUCUGUGCAAUACCAGUAAUAUUUCACACAUUUACCCUCAUCUAAUUAAUGCGGUGUUUGAAUGCUCCAAACUGUUAAAAGAACUCGAAUUAAACCAGAAGAGACAUACUCUGCUGAGGUGCUUGUGGAGGUCUUUAUUUAAUAUCGUACUGAAUAGUUCAGCUGACAAUCGACAGACCUGCAUUGAUUCUUUAUCAGAAGUCCUGGAGAACUUAUUAAAAGAAAUUGACCCUUACUAUCAUGGCAUUGCAAUAGUAAUCUUCAAAGAAUCGGUCAGCGUGGACAAAUUGGACGUCACAGACUUUGUUUUGAAUAAUUUGGAGAGAUUUUUAAAAAUAAUUUUCUCAGUGCCAUUAAGUAAAGAAAGUUGUAUAGAGGUCAAAAAGUUCAUCGCCCUGUUAUGUCACGUAUCGAAUUUAAGCGGCAAAGUGGAGGACAGACAAAAAAUACUCGGAAGGAUUUUUAAUUGUUUCAAAACAUUUCAAACUAUCGAGAGCAACGUCAAUUUUGUAGCCGACGUGUGGAUUUAUGUGGUAAACGAGGCUGAGCAUUACGACAAAGGGAAUUCAUUGGAAUUUUUGGUUUGGCCUCUUACCAACGCAGAUAAGUUAACGGAACAGGUUACUCGAGUGACAGUAUAUGAAUACUACGAACGUUUGAUUAUAAAAAAGGUGGAAAAACUGCCCGAGCUACAUUUCGCUCUUUUAAAACAUUUCGAAAGAAGCUUAAGAAACGAUCCCAUGCUCUUGAAAAACGUUCUUAACUUAAUCACUUUGUUUAAUCCGAACUAUACUGCCAAGGAAAUUUGUGAAGUUACUCUGGACAUUUUUUCGUUCGCGCUUCUGAUCCCUACAGACAGCGACACUAACAGAAAAACAGCCGAAGUUUACCUAAAAAAAAUCCUAGAAACAAACUCUAUAUUCCUAAAAGAAGAGAGUACUAUUAAAAAGUUGUGCUCCUGCAUAGAAAACUUACUCAAACACCGACUCUUUGACACCCUAACCCCACUAGAAACCGCCUUGGAACGUUUCUCAGAUAACAUCAAAAACAUUUACAAAAAGUUCCUCACCCUAGACUUUUUGGUGGAUAUAUUCGUUACGGAAACAGACAUUUCAAUAACCGAGAAGGUGCACGCGAUCAUUAAACAGCUACGCGAGGCGAAAACCACAGAAAUCAAAAGAGAAAAAUCCCUCCUCGUAAUGGGGGGCAGAGCCUCCAAGAUCGCCAAUCUAGUGAAACAGAUGCCCGUCAGUCCGAAAAAAGAGCAAAAACCGAAUACGCCGUUCAAAGUGUUCGGGAGUCAACUGAAAAACGCCAAAACGGCGGCGAAACUGGAAGCGGCGGUGUCGUCUCCGGCGGACAAAAGGAAGUCCGCGAUCAGUUUAGACGACGAGAGCAACAGUAAAUUCGUCCUGAUCAAUUCCGAAGUGAAACUGGACAAGGAGAAACUGACCGAACACCAAAAGGAGACUUUGAAGAAGAGACGCGAAGACAUUCCGGCGCUGUAUCAGGAUUUGUCGCAGAGCGUUUCGCAGACGGAGUUUGUGCAGCCGGUGGUGGCGACCGAAGGGAAUGACUCGCCGUUUUUCAAGAAACCCGAAGUUCCUCCCGAGGUCGUCAAGUUGCCGCCCGAUGAAACCGAACUCGUGCAGGAGUUGCCAUCGUUGCCAAGUUCUACAGAUUCAAGCUUUGACGACAAAUCCAAAGAAGAACGUCCAAAAAGCGCAGAACCACAAUCUCCAAGUAAACUUAAAGCCGAGGAACCUUCACUUACAGACAGUUCGGGAAGAAAACUAAGAAAAAGGGCUUGUAAUGAAAAAAAUACUGCGGUAGCAGAAGGAGGAGCGACCAGUCCGAAAACGACGAAAAAAGAAAGCAGCUCCCCGAAGGAGGAAAAACCGGCAAAAAAACGAGGAAGAAAACCAAAAGCUCUGCUGGAUGAAAUGAAGAGAAUUGCAAAUCAACUGGCCGAAACCAAGAACGAGGUAGCGACGAAUGAAGCUCUAGAGGCAAACAAAGAGAGUGCACCUGACCCAAAGGGCGAACCGGAAACUUAUGUUAAAACCAAAGUGAAACGUAGAAAUAGAGCGAAACCCCAUUUCAAAGGCAAUAUCGAGGUACCGGGAGAGACAUCAUUAAAAGACGAAUCCGAACAAGUAACUUUUAAAAUCAAACGGCGUAGGGGCCGAAAGUCCCUUGGCGAUAUACAAACCGACGAGCUACGAAAGUCUAAAAGAAAAAGUUUACCCUCCAGUAAAAUGAGUGACAUCUUACAAUUCUUGAAACCGAAAUCCUUAACCCCCUCCACAAACGCGAAGAGAAGCGAACCCGACAAUAACACCCAAUCGGAACUUUUCCCACCCGAAGAACCGAGUAAUCAGCUAGAAAACCCGGAAACGGAACCCCAGAAAACUCGUAAAAGUACCAGCGACGAAGACGAGGAUAUUAUCGAGAGUUCACAAGAAUCCGGCGUUGCCAAUGCGAGUUUAUCCAAGCUGAGACUGUCGAUGAACAAAAGUGGUGCCGUUAAACCGGAGGAAAUGCCCCAGAACGAGUCGGUUCAAGAGACCAUAAUCGCAGAGCAGGUCGACGUGCCAACAUCAGCGGAGAAAAAACCACGAAAACGUAAAACAGCCACUCGCAGUAAACCGAUCAAAUCUAUCGUCGCUUCUAAUCGAGUGUCGGCCGCCACUGCCGCCCUCGAGGAUCUCAUUAAUGAGCUGGAUAAGUGCGAGAGUGAAACGGUUGCUCCUGCCGUUCUGAUGGGACAAAGUGAGAAGGAGGAAACCGUUGAGGUCGCUGUUGCAGAUGAGAGGAACGAAAUGGAAAUGUCCACCGAGGAACUGCAGCAAAAAAGCACCCAAAGCCAAGACACCGAAUCGAUGCAUUUGGACCCCGAUAGCGAAAAAGUACAGGUGUUCCUCGACCUCCCCGUCAAACCGGUUUUAACUGACGCGGAUAAGGAAAUAGCGACGAUGGACACCGCGACCCUAAGCCUAGUCGAACUCGAGGAACUGCGAUCCUUAAACAAUUCAGCAGCCUCCGAUAAAACCGUAAUCGAGGAUACGACUCUGACCAAUGUGAAGAAAGAAGUCGAAGAGAGUCAAAGUCAGGCGGAAACCGAGGUGAUUCCUGCGACCGAACCCGUUGCUGUCGAGGAGACCAGGGUAGAACUAAGCGUUGCUAUUAAAACUGAAGUGGACGAAAGUGCCAGUGUGGUGCCUGAAACUGAAUUGUUGAACACUGAGAUGGUGGAUGAUGAGAGUUCACCUGUGAAGAGUGGAGUCAGUCCAACAUGUGCUGGUACGCCUACCGCGUCGUCCUCUAGCCUUCCCUCCUCGCCGAUAACCGGCGACACCCCGAACCGCACCACCGAACUAUUGAGCAACACCAACGACAUCUCGCCGAUCCGUUCAAAACCGAACAACGGCUCCUCGGACGAAGAAACCGAACAGAGGAAAUUCGUUCCGGUCGCCCUGAUUUUUGACGAGGAGGUGGACAAGGAAAAGUCGCCGGAACGAGGAGACGACGCUCCGGAGAAAAUGAUGGAAACGUCACCCGAGAAGGCGGAAAAGGACGGCCAUAUUACCAGUAUUAGUACGAUGCCGCCCUCGUCGAGUAGUAGUAGUAGUAGUCCUCCGCCAAAAGUUGAACCAGUUGAAAAGGAAACUGCUAUUGUCGGCGAGAAAACCGUUAAGGGUACUGGUAACUGGAUUAAACAAGGGACUCCUACGACGAAAAGUAUGUUCCGUCGUCGUAAGGCGGGUCUCAGUAUGUCACCUUCAACCUCUCGAAUUAAAAAAUUGAUGUCGAACGUGAAACCUCCCUCGCAAACCGGCGAAUUGGCGGAAGAAUUCGCGGAAGCCGACGUGCUCACUUUUAAGCGGGACGUGCCCAGUCCGUUGGCGAUUCCUCGCAGUAGCAUCCUGAAGAGGAAACAUUCCGAAUUGAACGAGGAGGGAUCGUCUCCUUACGCAAAGCGGAAACGUGUAAACUUUAGCGACCCGUGCACCACGUCCAAAAAAGUGUUCCUUAAAGAAGAUCCGCCGGUACGUCCGACGACGAUCUUCACCAGCGACGACAUCGACAAAAAGUUCAUGGAACUGAUGGGCAUGGAAGACCCCGAUCUCGAGGACACGAACAUUUUAGACGAAUCCGACAUCAUCAUUACGAUAGACGACCCGCCCAUCUAUCCGGAAUUGAUGAAUUGCGAGGAGGACCUCUUGGUCCUGGGGAAUCUGUGGCUCUCUGAAGACAAGCUGAUCGACGAGACGAUCUUGACGGUGGGCGAUUUGGCCAGACAAACCGAGAAGAGUUUGGCGAAACUGUCGCCGAGUAGACCGAUGGCGCUGCACGUUUUCAAACUGCUACAAAACUACCACCAGGAGGUGCAGAAAUGUGGUAAAAACAUCUUCGGUCGGCCCGCACGCGCUAAGGUGCGCCAUUUGCUGGAUAAUUUGCCGGUAAAUGGCGAGUCUAAACGUGCGGAGGACGAGUCAGAGGUUCCGGUGGAUGUGCGGACCGAGUUGCGGCGGGUUUUGGAAAAAGCCAAGAGUGAGAAUAUAACUUUAGAUAGUAUCUCCCCCAUCAUCCUAGACAUCAUAGGCGAAAAGUCAUUAGCAAACCUGCUAAUCCAGAUUAUCGAAAACGAUAACGAGGAACUCUCGCAGUGUUUCAGACUGAUAUGGAGCAAGUUGGUAUCGCGGCUGUCGCCUACGCAGCUGAUGCAAUUAACACACGAGUGUCAGCUGCAAAUCCCCCUUAAAGAAUAAAUUCCAGUUUUGUUAAUUAUUAUUAAUGAUAAUGUUACAGUUUGACUUGAACAUUUUUAUUAUAUUAGGCGACGUUUUUGCCGUUGGCACGAUUUUUUGAGUUUUUAUAUCCAAGACUGUUUUGUUGUAUUUGUUAAAAAAAAAAUUCAAACUUUCAUUGCCAUGUUUCUUUAUGUAUAUUUUAAAAAUAGUGUAUUUAGGUUAAUUUUUUUUUAAUCAUGAUUAGAUUUUAAAUUAUAUGUACAUUAAAGUAUUGUAUAAAAUG